AUGUCUGUAGUAGAGGGUCCGUCUAAUGGUGAAGACACUCACGCCCCAGACGAUAGCGUGGAAGAAAUGGAGAAUUCUCACUGCUCCACACAGACAGAUGGAUAUGGUGACGGCUUCAUCGUGCCAUAUCUCACUGCUUACCACCUGGGGAAUCUGGAUGCAGAAAAUCCAGGGGAGAUCGCGUCGUCUCAACAGGAGCCAAGGUGUCAUCAUGAUGCUUCUUUCUCGAAAGGUGGAACAGACGACGACAACAUCGAGCCAUAUCUUGUUUCUUACCACUUCGAAGUCACCCACUGCGGAAGUGCCAGUGGCCCGGUUCAGAAUGAAAAGGAGGCAUCGUUGAGUGAAGAUCACACCGACAUGUCCAGACGCUUUAAACCUCCUUUAAGAAACGAAGCGCUAAGAAGAAGGUCCAACGGCAUCCAUGAAGACACUUUACAAGAUGAAGAGUCAACUCAAACCAAGGAGGAUCAUGAUACUAGCAUUUCGCAAGACCCAAAAGACCACUACUAUUCAUCCAUUGGUGACCACGACUAUACCUACAUCGACAACACAUCGAUAGCGGGUAGACAACAUGUAAAGGAAGAGAGAGGUUCGGAUUCCGUCACUCAUGGUCUAGACCCAUCCCAAACAACCGAGCCCAUGAAAAGCACUUUACAACAUGAAGAACAUGGGGGUAUUGAGGUCAAACCAGUCAAGGCAACAAAAUCCUUUGAUGUCGAGGGGCAUCCACUCAAAGUCACUGUGUCUACAAGUGGGAGGAUAGCCGUAAUGUUCACAGGUCGAAGAGUCGGCAUCUAUGACAGUGAGGGUAUCUUCAUCAUGUAUUUCUUAACAUAUAUGAGAAAAAGACGGGGAGAGACAAUUCGCAUUUUCCCCCACGAUGUUUCGUUUGGUACCCUCAACAACAACGACGUUUGGAUUGUAGGCGGGAAUAAGCUGUCCCACUAUAUCGCGCUGUAUGAUUGUAGUGGACGCUUUAAAUACAGUUUUGCAAUUCCUCGCAUCUCGGAACCUCGUAGACUUGCCCUGAACAGAUUGUCCAAUCGCGCCAUUGUGACAGAGACGGUCGAACAUCGCGGGGCGGUGAAAGUCUUCGGUUUAAACGGGAUGCUUGAGCGAAGUUUUGGGAGGCGGCAGGGUUUGAUGCACCCGACAGGCAUCACAGAGGACAGCGAGGACUCUAUCCUAGUGUUAGACUCCUCCACUGCCUACAUCUACGUGUUUCGCGACAAUGGACAGUUCAUGUUCAAGUUUGCAGGAAACGGCACCAACAACGGCCGAUUGAGCCACCCCCUUGACAUCUGUACGGACAGUUCUCGUCACAUCAUCGUGGCUGACUCGGGAAACAGGCGGGUGGAGAUGUUCACAAGCCGCGGGGAAUUUAUCCGGCACAUCGCUACUGAUGUCGAGCCUCUGAGCAUUGCCGCUGGUCCAGACGGACAGUUAGUCCUAACUGAAGCGUUGAACAAAAAAGUGACCAUUUUGACGAACUAUUGA